CCGACAACCGGGGUCGCUGCUCGAGAAAUGUAUCGUAAAAGCGUGAAUCGCGUGAAUGUACGUCGACGUUUACUUCCGUACCUAACUGUCAAAAGUUUUGUGGUGUUUGUGUCAUGUUUCGUGGUUCGCGCUAUCGAAGUGUUGAGAGACUGCUGUCGGCUGUGCACACCUGAUUGAGGUUAUAACAGCUCCAAGUCAUCCGGUCCAUUUGGUGUGUCUGAAUCAUAUGCAGAGUUCGAUGUCAUCCUCUUUUGCGGAUUCGAACGAUGUUCUUUGCCUUUCCGCAGUCGUCCGCGUCUUCAUAGACUGUAGUUUGACACAGCACUUCAGUGCGAGUCGCGGGGAUGGCUGACGCGCUGACAGGGAGGCCCGACCACCAGGAAGACCUCUCCCCGUUGGUGGCCAGCUUCGUCUUCAGCUUCGACAGCAGCACGUGCCGGGCGGGCCGCCAGGACGCCGCUGGCCCGGGUGCCGCGGGGACGCCGACGGCGGCCGCGCCGCCCUUCCUGUCCGUCUUCGACCUGGACAACCAGCGCUCGGACGUGCUCCAGGACGAGGGCCACCCGGACACGCGCAGCAGCGCCUUCCUCGACGGGGACGUGGCCGGCCCCCAGGAGGAGGACGACAUGCUGCUCAAGCACUACCUGAUGUGCCUGGACCGCAACGCCAGCCCGGCGCCGGCCCUGGACUGGGCGCGCGGCUACGAUGCGCCCGCCCAGGACUACGCGCCGGCGCCGCCCGCGCUCCCGCCCUACCCGGACUACACCGUGGUCUCCACCACCACGCUGCCCGAGUGCACGGCGGCGGAGCGCUUCAGGCCCUGGCACCACCACCAGGAUGACCUCGUGGACGAGGACGGCGACGUCGUCUCGUCCAGUGUCGGUCUCGGACACCAGACGACGCCGUCCUUCGGUGGCAUGACAGACCACUGCGUGGGCUCCGCCUCCACCUGCGCCGACUCGGACCCGGCCGCCGCCUCCACGUCGGUGGCCUCGUCGUCGACGACGUCCUCCUCUUCAUCGUCGUCCUCGUCGUCCACGAGCAAGCGCGCCCGGACGGCCUACACGUCGGCGCAGCUCGUUGAGCUGGAGAAGGAGUUCCACUUCAACCGCUACCUGUGCCGGCCCCGUCGCAUCGAGAUGGCCGCGCUGCUCAGCCUCACCGAGCGCCAGAUCAAGAUCUGGUUCCAGAACCGGCGCAUGAAGUACAAGAAGGAGCAGCGUGGCCGCGGCCCUGGCGACGAGUCGACCAAGACGGCGCCCGGCAAGCCCGCCAGCCCCGCGGCCUCGGUCGUGUCGGCCCGGAGCGCGUCACCGGGGUCCCCGCUGCAGCCGCCGCCGCUGCGCCGCCACAGCAGCGCGCACGUAGGCAGCACGCUGCAGUACUUCGCGACGGAGCCGCAGCCGGCACAGCCGCAGCCGCCCUACCGGCACCACCACCUCGCGGACGCCUACCCCAUCUACGAGGCCGACGACGGCUGCGGCCGCUUUCCGGACGUGUACCGGAGCGUGUCGGCGGCGGACUCGUCCUACCUGGACGCCGUCGGCCUCCAGGAGCGCCGGGACUCGAGCAGCGACUGGGAGGCGGACUCGAGCGCCGCGCUGCAGCAGGUGGCGUGGGCGUCCUCGCCGGCCUACAGCGCUGGCGUCGCCGAGGACUGCUGAAUACCGCCGCCCGGGUACCGAACUCACUAACACACCUCCGAGUCCUCGUCGCGGCCCUCCCUUGGCCUCCAUUCCACAAAAUGUCGGAAACUCGAGCUGCAUCUCUUGUCCUCGGCUCAAAGGGAAAACCUCGCUGGACUUAAGAUCCGCAUAGUUUUUUGUACGCGGCCUCCGCCGCCCGCCCCGCCCCACCCCGCUCCGCUCUGCCGGGUGAAAGACCUGUCGGGCCGCACCGCCGCUGCCGGGGCUGUUAUCUUAUCAUCGAGGCGCGGCGGCCCGGAGCUGGCGGCGUUGGCCACCAUGGAAACAGCCUGCCUCCAGACACCGCCCCGCCCCGCCACGCCACACCCCGCCACACCCCGCCCCGCCACACCACGUCAUGCCACGCCUUCCGGGAACAUCUUCAGCCCUCGCUGUCUGCUAUCCACCCUUCACCCCCUCAUCGCCGCCUUUCGAUGCGUAUGGACGGCAGGAGAGAGGACGAAUCGUCUACCUCUGUGCCCCUAUCUGAGCCCCCCCCCCUCCUUCCCAACCCAACUCCCUCUUCCACCUUCACCCAUCAACCCCUGCUCCACCCUCGUCGAGACAUCUGACAAGUCUCUCAUGUAAGGUUGCUUUUUGUGUCGGACUCCUUGUUGUGUUGGUGAUACGCGCUUCGGGCGUAUCUUAGGUUAUUAUAUUUUUCUGAGUUAAGUGUAGUGAUGUGAUAAAAUUUUAUUUUAAUAGAAUCGUUUUUAUUGUACGAUAGCAGA